AUGAAGACCACUUGGAAGGAUAUUCCUCCCGUACCGACCCAGCAGGAGUUUCUGGACAUUGCCCUGAGCAGAACCCAGCGCAAACUGCCCACACAGAUUCGUGCCGGUUUCAAAAUUGGCAGAAUUCGAGCUUUCUAUACCAGAAAGGUCAAGUUCACCCAGGAGACCUUUUCCGAAAAGUUUGCCUCCAUCCUCGAGAGCUUCCCCCGACUUCAGGACAUCCACCCAUUCCACAAGGAUCUUCUCAACACCCUUUACGAUGCCGACCAUUUCCGCAUCGCUCUCGGUCAGCUUUCCACCGCCAAGCAUCUGAUUGAGACCAUCUCCAGAGAUUACGUCCGUCUUCUCAAAUAUGGCCAAUCUCUUUUCCAAUGCAAGCAGCUGAAGAGAGCCGCCCUCGGCCGCAUGGCUACCCUGGUCAAGCGCCUCAAGGACCCUCUGCUCUACCUCGAUCAGGUUCGCCAGCAUCUUGGUCGUCUGCCCUCUAUCGACCCCAACACGCGCACUCUUCUCAUCUGCGGCUAUCCCAACGUCGGCAAGUCGAGCUUCCUCCGCAGUGUCACCCGCGCCGAUGUCGACGUUCAGCCAUAUGCCUUCACCACCAAGAGUCUCUUUGUUGGGCAUUUCGACUAUAAAUACCUGCGCUUCCAGGCUAUCGAUACCCCGGGUAUUCUCGACCACCCUCUUGAGGAAAUGAACACUAUCGAAAUGCAGAGUAUCACUGCUAUUGCUCAUCUUCGAUCUGCCAUUCUCUAUUUCAUGGAUCUGUCUGAGCAGUGUGGCUACUCCGUCUCUGCUCAGAUCCAGCUCUUCAAGAGCAUCAAACCUCUCUUCUCCAACAAACUAGUGUUUGUUGUCAUCAACAAGAUUGAUGUGACCCGUCCUGAGGAUCUCGAGCCCGAGCUCAAGGCUGAGCUUGAGGGUAUUCUUAAGGCCGGCGAGGUUGAGAUGCUUCAGCUUUCGUGCAACACUCAGGAGGGUGUCCAGGAGGUCAAGAACGCUGCCUGCGAGCGUCUCAUUGCCGAGCGCGUUAACCAGAAGCUCAAGGCUGGAACCGCAAACAGUGGCAACAUUGGCGGCCGCCUCGCCGACGUCAUGGCCCGUAUCCACGUUGCGCAGCCCAUGGGCGGCCAGACCCUCGAGACUUUCAUUCCCGACGCUGUCAAGGAUCUGAAGAAGUACGACAAGGAGGACCCAGAGCGCCGUAAGCUCGCCAAGGAUAUCGAAGCCGAGAACGGUGGUGCUGGUGUCUACAGGUUCGACAUGAAGGCCGACUACCUGCUCAAGAACCCUGAGUGGAAGUACGAUGCGAUGCCUGAAAUCUUCAAUGGACAGAACGUGUUUGACUUCGUUGAUCCCGAUAUCGAAGCCAAGCUAGCCGCUCUAGAGGAAGAAGAGGAGAAGCUCGAGCAGGAAGGCUUCUACGAUUCCGACGAGGAUAUUGAUGACGAUGACGAGGCCGAGGUGCUGCACAAGGCCGAGCUCAUCCGCGAGAAGCAGCAGCUGAUCCGCAACGAGGCCCGCAUGAAGAAGAGGCUGAAGAACCAGGCCAUCAUCCCGCGCAAGAUGGUCAAGAAGUCGGUGGCCGAAUUUGACGACGCUCUCGACAUCCUCGGCCACGACACCACCGAGAUGACGGAGCGCCCCCGCGAGAAGUCGCGCGGUCGCUCUAUGACCCGUAACCGCGCCGCCACCGAGGACGCCGACGCCAUGCAGAUCGACGACCCCAAGGCCCGCCUCCGCUCCAAGAGCCGCCCCGCCAGCCGCGCGCCCCAGUCGAGCCGCCGCGAUGCCGGUGUCGAGGACGAGACGAAGCGCUCCAAGGCCGACCGCAUCUCCAAGCUUAACCAGCGCCGCAUGAACAGAAUGGCCCGCCAGGGUGAAGCCGAUCGACACAUUGGCACCGCCAUGCCCAAGUACCUCUUCUCCGGAAAGCGCGGUAUCGGCAAGACGGACUGGAAAUAA